UACACUUUAGUCCAAAUGGGCUUGGCUAGGAUAAGCCGAAAGAGGAUGUGUCUGCCAAGGCUAUAAAAGAGGUGACGCUCAGGUGAGGCAGAGCAUCUUACAGGUGGGCUUUUUGAUGCCUCAGCCUCUGACUGCGUGAGGACAACACAGCGCCGUGCUUGAUAGAGGAGUUCAUCUCCAAUUUGAUAAGGCUUACCUUAAAUUAUGUUGGCGGACAUGGAAACAAUGGCUUACGUGACUGAAGUCAGGCUUGGUGGAGGACGGGGAUUCUGGGGUGUAGCGGCGCCCUCCUCCUACCCUGAGGUGGACCUGGAGGUCAUUGAGGAAUACCUGCAGGAGCAUUCGCUGGAUGUCCAGCCUGUACACACAUGCACCUCACUUCUGACCAACGAAAUGCAACAUGUGCACUCCCAGCACAGCACCAGGAUCAUAGAAAAUAACUGGUCUGGUGAGUAUGCUUAUGAGUGGCACUGUGGCGCUCACACACCGAAUAAGGAAUAUGAGCCACAAGCUGCACCACCAGCAUGGCUGUGUCCCCCUCAGAACCAGUGGAAUCGCGUUGCAUAUCCCACAUGCGUCGACUCAGACUCUCAGUCUAGUAGCUCCCAGUACCAAGAAUACCAUGAUGCCACUUCUCCACCCUCUGAUAGUGAGGACAGACAAAACAAAGACUCCUUGCUUAUUGCUCCGAUGUCAGGAAAGAGGAAGGAGCGUUUGUUCCAGUUCCUGUUUGAGAUGCUCCAAACGCCGCUGAUGCGAAGCUGCAUCUGGUGGGUCCAGUCAUCCUCUGGCACCUUUCAGUUUUCCUCCCAAAACAAAGAGCACUUGGCAGCAAUAUGGGGCCGCCGAAAGGGGAACCGCAAGACAAUGACGUACCAGAAAAUGGCGCGGGCACUGAGGAAUUACUCCCGCACGGGCGAGAUCCAGAAGGUGAAGCGGAAACUGACGUAUCGGUUUGAUGAGAAGACACUGAGAGGCCUCCAAGGAGACUCAAAUACAGUGUAGGAAGCAUGAUGGAGUCAUGUGAGACAAUGAAUUUAAUUUGAUCACAUGACUGUGAAUGACGUUUGUGGCACACUCUAUGGCUUGUGCUCAAAAUCCAUUUGAAGACAUGCGAGCAUACGUGUAAAACAGAUAUCCUGAAAGGUGUAUAAUCAUGAGACAUACAGUAUGGUCAAUGACUUUACUCAGCAUGCGCCCCAGCUUGAUGGCAGCCAUGCUUUCAACCAAAUAUGUUCACAUUUGACUUACAUGUGCUUGUUACUCCCCUAAAGGUGUGUACCAAAUUUUGUGGGGAUUUGGCUAAACACCCUAAAAUUACAGUGGGUGUUUUGUAGCUAUGGGAGAAAUUUCAGGUCAAUCUGACUUAUGGGGUGAAACUUUGGGGUUUAAUAACAGCGCCACCAUGAAAAUAAUAGCCCAGGCAACACAGGAGGGGUGCCUGUUUUGACAAAUUGUCACGGUUUGGGGUGCCGUGCUUCAGGAGGAGAAGAGUUACACCUCUUGGUGUCU